AUGAAGUUUACUACCAUCACAACUCUUCUCUCCACCAGCGCAGGUGCCCUCGCUGCCGGCCCCAGCGCUACAGCCAAGAAGGCCACGGCCAUUGAGUCUAUCAAGGGCGACAACGGCAUCACAACUCCCCUCCCCAUCCAGCCCGGCAUGGUCGACAACUGCGACGUUUUCUACUACGUCAAGCCCGGCGACAACUGCCUCCAGAUCUCCGCCCAAUUCGGCAUCUCCUUUGACCAAUUCAAAGAAUGGAACCCCACCGUCGGCAAUGACUGCCUCAGCCUCUGGGCCGACGCCAACGUGUGUGUUCGCACCAUUGGCUUUGAGUACCCUGAGAUUGCAGCUUGCUACGGUAGCGAGGAUGUUCUCCCUUGGGGAAGUAACAAGGUUGCUGCUGCGAAGGCUGCUACUGAAUGGUGUAGCAAUGGCGCGCAAGGCGUUUACAAUAUUGGUGAGAAGAGGACCAAGUGUGUCAACGCGCCGUCCGGUGACGGCAAGUUUAUCUUUGAGAUCUACAAUGAGUGGGGAAUUCGUCAGGGUCUUCCUUCUCAGGAGUGUCAGCGAAACCUCCUUCUUCCUAUCUCCAAGUGCCCCGAGGGAGGUCAGGGACGCAUGAAGAGCUGGCACACAGAGACUACUCUCGAGAAGGGGAAGUGUUAA